AUGGUGGUGCUUAGAGAAUCUGGAGGUUGUCAACCCAUAUAUAAAGAUGCUGAUGAGGUUGUCACAUUUAAGUUUUUCCAUGGAGGUAAACUAAUGAAAAAUAGAAAGGACAGUCAGUGGUCUUAUUUAGGUGGUGAAGUCAGUUGGUUUGAUUACUGUGAGGUUGACUAUAUGUCCAUGUUAGAGCUAUUUGGAAUGGCUAAAGAUUUGGGAUAUGACGAUGGGUAUGAUGUGAGUUUUUAUGGUGAAGAGUUUGGAACUAGCAGACUCAUUCAAAUAAUAUCUGAUAGUACACUUUUAGCUUGUAUGAGCAUGGUACCUAAAAGCAAUAGCAGGGUCGUAGUUUUGUACUUGAAGGUAGUGAGCUUAACUUCAAGCCAAGUGGGGAAUGAUAGCAGUGAUAAAGAAUAUUCUUGUUCUGAGAAUGAUGAUAGCAGUGAUCCAGACUUUGAAGACAGUGACUAUGCACAGAGUGAUGAAGAGAUUGAAUUAUUGAAGAAUGAUGAUAAGUGGUUUGAAGGUUAUGUGGAUCAUAGUAUUUUUGACAAUGAUCCUAAUGCAGAGCAAAAUGAUGAGUCAGACAAUGGAGAAGAGUCACCUACACUUACCUGCCCAAAUAGUUCACAAAGUGAAGAUGAUGCAGUGGGUGAAGUAAGAAGGAAGAAGAAUAGGAUGCCAAAAGGUGAAGAUUUCAGACCUGAAAUUGAUAUGGGAAGCCCAAGUUUCAAAAUAGGUUUAAGGUUUGCAACUGCCGAGUUGUUUAGAAAAGCUGUGAGGAUAUACUCCAUUAAUUGUGGAAGGGAGUUGAUUUUUAUGAAUAAUGACCGUAACAAAAUAAGAGCAGUAUGUGAAGAGGGCUGUCCUUUUGUUAUCCAUGCUUCAAGUGUUAGUGGUAGCACUUACCUGCAGGUGAAAACCUUUAAUCCUACACAUGUUUGUAGCAAAGGGACUAAAAAUAUACAUGCUACUGCUGGCUGGUUGGCUGAAAGAUAUUCUGGGCAGUUAAGGCUCAAUCCAAAUUGGACUGCUUCUUCUUUUGUAGAGCAAGUUCACCAAGACUAUGGUUACAGACCAUCUAGAGCAACUGUGUACAGAGCAAGAGCCAUGGCAGUUGACAUUGUAGAGGGGUCUUACAGCAAACAAUAUGAAGUAUUGUGGGAAUAUUGUCAUGAGUUAAGAACCAGGAAUGUGGGAAGUACAGUUAUCAUUAAAUCUGAAAUGGAAGGUGAUAGGCCACGGUUUCAAAGAAUUUACAUCUGUCUUGCAGCCUGCAAGAAGGGGUUUUUAGAUGGUUGUAGGCCUGUGGUUUGCUUGGAUGGGUGUCAUGUCAAAGGGCCUCACCCUGGGCAAGUGCUUUCUGCAAUGGGAGUUGAUGCAAACAACGGAAUGUUUCCACUUGCCUAUGCAUAUGUAGAGAUUGAGAGCAAUUCAACAUGGCUGUGGUUUUUAGAAUUAUUGAGUGGUGAUCUCAAUAUUACGAAUAGCCAUGGUUAUGUAUUUAUGACUGACAAACAAAAAGGGUUAAUAGAUGCUGUGGAUGCUCUAUUCCCUCAGGCAGAGCAUAGACAUUGUUUGAAACAUCUAAUGGGAAUUUCUAUUUGGAACAUAGAGGUCUUGCCUUGA